CAAUAUUCAUCAAAUAAGUUCAGUGUUAAUUGAUUGUGCAAACAAUUUUUGUUAUAAGAAGAUCUUCGUCCGGUAAUCCUGGCUGUCUAAGCAUGUCGUCGCCUUUCCGCUACACACACGCGAUCACCUGCAGAAUUCCCCUCUCGUUGCGCACCCGGGGCGAGAUCGAUUUGGAAGAGGCCAAGCUGCAACAUGAGGCCUAUGUGAGACUGCUACGCGAUUUGGGACUGGACGUUUUGGAACUUCCGCCAGAUGAGAACCUACCGGAGUGUCCCUUUAUCGAAGAUUGCGCCGUGGUGUGCAAUGGAAUUGCAUUGAUCUGCCGACCGGGGGAUCCCAAUCGACUGAAGGAGGUCGAUGCAGUGCGCUCGGUACUCAAGAAAGAACUGGACCUUCCGCUGGCGGAGAUCGCCGACCAGAAGGCACGCCUCGACGGUGGAGAUGUCCUGUUCACGGGGCGGGAGUUUUUCGUAGGCCUUAGCAAGUGGACCAACGAAGCGGGAGCCCGAGCGGUCGCCUCCGCCUUCCCGGAGUAUCCCUGCGUUCCAAUCAAGGUGACCGAACACCAUCACCUGAAGUACUACGUCUCGAUGGCCGGUACCGACGUGCUGUGCGUCAGCCGGAGCAAAGAGUCCCAGGAGAUACUGAAACGGAUCGAACGGGAAGCCACCUACACCUACAGCACCCUGACGCUGCAGGAGGAACAGGCGGCCAACGUGCUGUUCGUCAACGGGACGCUGAUCCAUCGCCUGAGCGAGGAAAUGCCCCAUUCGGCGGCGAUCCUCUCGCAGAAACUGGACAUUCCUAGACAGACGGUGCCAAUGUCCGAGCUGGGCAAGUUCUCCAACGGCCUUACCGCGUGCUGUAUUUUGCUGAAGCGAUCCCGACACAUCAAAAGUCUGUAAGAGGCGCAAGAUUGGCGUCCAGUUUUUUUUUUCUUUUUUGUUUUAUCUUAAUACCAGCAUAUAUUUACCAGAAGUAUAUUUAACUAUUUAUUGUUUUUACUAUUUUUACAACGUCACUCGUGCUAACUUGUGCUUUGUUAUUAGCUGUAGGUUGAUAUUGUUGAGUAAGAAUCGUGUAUUCCAUUUUCUAGAUAGCAAAAAUUUCGUUUCCCAAAAGUGCAUUCUAUUAGUUUUAUAG